CACGCUCACCGCUAACUAACUGCAGUGCUAACUUGCUAAAGACCAUGGCCGUGAGUAAAACCCUCCUCGUGUUCUCUGCCUUAUUUUUGAUGUUAUCGUACCCACUGUACAGCAAUGUGCCUGCAGGCAUUGAUGAGCCCUGGCUUCAGAGGACCUACAUCGCAGGAUGCCGACUGGCUGGUUGGAUGGCCGUUGGUUUGGAGAUGGUGACUGGGACACCUGCAGUCCAUUACCUUCGAUGGCAGGCUGAGUCUCUAUUCAUCCCAGAAGUCAAUGAGAGACCUGGUCUUGAUGUGAAGAAUUUGGUGUUUGAAGGUGUGCCUGUGAGAGUGUACACGCCUGACAGCACUUCAAAAGACCCAAGGCCAUGUAUUGUGUACUUUGUAGGUGGAGGAUGGAGCACAUUUAGCAUAGAUUCUUAUGACACAGUUCUCAAGAACUUGGCCCUUGGAACAGACAUGAUUGUCAUAGCUGUGCAAUAUCGCAGAUCCCCUGAGCACCCUUUCCCUGUUCCAUUUGACGACUGUGUCAAGGCUACCCGACAUGUUUUGCACCACCCAGAUUCAGUUGGUGUGAACCCUAGCAGAGUGGCUGUGGGGGGUGAUGGUAGUGGUGGGAAUCUUGCGGCGGCCGUUGCCCUCCGACUAUCAGAAGAAGACCCCAGGCACACCCCAGCCCUCAAGCUCCAGAUUCUUCUCCAGCCAGCACUACAGGCUUCUGUGUUUGACACACCAUCAUACCGGCAGAAUGCUUACAACUCAAUCCUCACAAGAGAUCUCAUGCUGCACUCCUGGCUCCUUUACCUCGGCCUGAAGCCCCAGGGAGAUUUGAUGACGACCUGUAUUGAGAAAAAGCACAUUUCGUCUCCGAUACGACUGUUGCACUCACUAUACCUACAAGAAAGCAAGCUCCCAGAUUAUACCAAGGACAAUUACGUGGAACGAACAGAAACACCGUCAUCUGGUGACUUUGACAGAGAGGUUGCUGCCAAAGUUGAGGCUUUAGUCUCUAAUCCUUUUCUGGCGCCCUUGGUGGCAGAGGAUUUGUCUAAAGUAGCGCGCGCCUUUAUUGUUGUUGGAGAGUUUGAUGUUUUGCGGGAUGAUGGACUGUUUUACGCAGUGCGGCUGCAAGAAGCGAAUGUGAAGUGUGAUGUUGUCUAUGUCAUGAAACAAGGGCAUGGCUUUUUAGCUCCGCAGCUCAUAAAUUCUUUUCUUAGCUUUGCAGAAGCUGAACAAGUUUGGAAAGACACAUACUUGUUUCUGAAGCGUAAUUUAUGAGGAAAUUGUUUGGGUUUUAUUUUUUCUAACGUGAGGAUAAAAAAAUGUUAAAUGUUCUUGGAAGAAAAUUCAGUUUGUUUGGGGGGCUUUGUAGUAACGAAAAUUACUGUUAGCAUUGCUAUAUAUUUUUAAAGAUUUUACUUAUUAUACCUAGUUGUGACCAGUCUGACCUCUCUGACCCAGCCAGGCGGAUGAUAGAUGACAGCCUGUUGUGUCAGGUCCACAGUCCCACCCGUAGAUGCUCUUCGCAGUCAGGGUACAAUUUCAAGAUAUCAACCGAAAUGAACUAUUCAAGAAGAAGGAUUAAGUAACCAUGAGUUUUACAUACUGUGUCAUACAGCAUGUUUAGUUUUCAUGAGAAGUACUCACACACAUACAUAUUAUAUAUAAACCGAAUUACAUCAAUUCGUCUGGAAAAAUGCAAAGAAUACUCUUCCCAUUUUAAAUACAAUGUACUCAUGCUUUGACAUUCUGUAAUCGGGUUACAUACUUUAAUGUUGUUGUUGUUGUUGUUGUUUUUAUCGAUCCAGCAACAGCUGUGCUCUCGCCCUUCUGUCCAAUGCCAUCUAGUGAUAAGUGCAGGU